UUGUUCCAGACAAUCCGAUUUGUGCAUAUAUUCUUCUGUUUUAUUGGCGUUGUAGCCUCAUCGCUAUUCAUUUUUGUACUGAUCUCACGCUCUUCUCAAAAUCUUCAUGUGAAUCUCCGACUCUCACUGGCAAGCUUGAGUCUGGCAGCAUGGAUUGCAUGCACUCAACUGCUUCUUAUCGCAGUGUACAGCUUGAUACAAACGCUUACUGAAGAAAAUCCAUGUAACACAUUAUACGAAGCGAGAUGGUGUGCGAUUGCAAGAUUCCCAGUGAUACUUUCGAUUUACGCCACGCUAAGUGGAAUCCUCAUCUUAGCUGUCGAACGCACCAUCGCUACAUUGAAAUACAAAACUUAUGAAGUUCACGGUUCACGGAUUGUAGCUGUCAUCCUUAUUGGAGCCCAGGUUUGUUAGUC